UUCUCACUCUCUCUUUCAUCGCCAGGAUGGAAAAUCAUAGUUUUAUCACACUUUUGUCAUUUUCUCUGUCACAUCUGGUUUUGCUGCGAAUGCUGCUCCAUCAAUCAGCGAUCGGUUGUUCGUUUGCUCAUUUCUCCCUUGUUGAGAAUUUCUAACAUUCCAUUUAUUCCAUGGACACGUCGUUGAAAAUUUGUAUUCUACGGUUUACGUUAUUCUGAAUUAGCAAAAAGCGUUUUGUUGAUUUUUUACACUGUCAAACUUUGAAUAGUAACGUUGUCCCUAUGACGACAAUGUAUCAGAUCUUUGCUGCUAAUUACAGUUGAUGUAAAAUUUCUUAGUCUAUUAUAAUAUGAUAUAUUAUCAUUUUGAUAAUAAUAAUGAAAUUCGUAUAUUGUGGUUAAAAAAUAUUUCACGGUUGGAAUGUCAAUCACCCCAAUAUCCUAUAUAGCUGUAGAUGGCGGUUCUGUUUAUAAUCGGUGUAUUGCUCCGUAACAAUAAUUCAUCCAUUUGUAAUUAAUUCAAAAAUUAAGAAUAAAAAUGGCUAGCAGAGAUUCUUUGGUGGCUGGAAAAAAUGCUGAUGAUCAUAGCGUCGAGACACUGGCGGAAGUUUUUAGAUGCUUCAUUUGUAUGGAGAAACUAAGAGAUGCUCACCUUUGUCCACACUGUAGUAAAUUGUGUUGCUACGUCUGUAUCAGACGUUGGUUGACUGAACAACGUUCCCAAUGUCCUCAUUGUCGGGCCUCUCUCCAUCUCCAUGAACUUGUUAAUUGUCGUUGGGUUGAAGAAGUCACUCAGCAACUGGACACACUCCAAGCCGUUGGCAUAUCAAACUCACGAAGUGAGGAUUCACCUAGGGACAGGUGCACAACUCAUCAUGAAAAAUUAUCAGUCUUUUGUUGGACAUGCCGACGCUGCAUCUGUCAUCAAUGUGCUCUAUGGGGUGGAACUCAUUCCGGGCACAUGUUCAAACCUUUAGAAGAAGUUUAUGAACAGCAUGUCACGCAAAUUAAAGAUGAAGUUGGUCAGCUAAAACGACGGCUCAUGGAGCUAAUUAGCCUUGUUCAAGAAGUUGAAAGAAAUGUUGAGUCUGUGAGAGCGGCAAAAGAUGAAAGAGUACGGGAGAUCAGAAAUGCUGUGGAGCUAAUGAUAGCUCGUUUGGAUUCUCAAUUAAAGGCCAAGCUCUUGACUCUGAUGGGGCAAAAAAAUUCUCUUACCCAAGAAACUGAGCAGCUAGAAGCCCUAUUGCAGGAGGUCGAACACCAGCUACAUGCGUGUACUCGUUCCGAGCUUAUCGUUAAAAGUGCCGAACUUUCUCGCAUGAUACACCAAGUGCGAAAGAAGCCAAUGGCAAGUUUUGUCACUGCUCCUGUGCCUGCUGAUUUUCAUAGCGAAAUAGUCCCAGGAUAUGACAGUGCAACGUUUGCGAUGCAGCAGUUCACUCAAUUACAACUUAAAGCUGAUCCGGUAUAUUCUGCGCCAUUGCAUGUGAAUGGAUUAUGCUGGAGACUUAAGGUCUACCCAGACGGAAACGGAGUAGUGCGAGGAAACUACCUAUCUGUUUUUCUAGAACUCAGUGCUGGAUUACCUGAGACAUCGAAGUACGAAUAUAGAGUUGAAAUGAUCCAUCAGGGCUCGAGGGACACGAGCAAAAACAUUGUUCGAGAAUUUGCAUCUGAUUUUGAAAUUGGAGAAUGUUGGGGUUAUAACAGAUUUUUCCGACUCGACCUACUUGCCACAGAGGGAUACUUAAACACUGAGCUAGAUACUUUGAUAUUAAGGUUUCAAGUACGGCCACCAACAUUUUUCCAAAGAUGCAGAGAUCAACAAUGGUACAUUAGUCAAUUGGUCACCGUUCAAAAUCAAUAUGCAACACAAAUAAAUGAACUGAAAGAGAGACUGGCUAUAGAAAUCUCACGGAAUGCAGUAACAGCUACAAGGGCUGGUAGCGGUGCAGCAGUGUGUGGCCCAUCAGCAGGAACUAUGGGGUCACCCUCAGCUCAACACCAACCCCUUGGCGCUGGAGACCCCCUUCUAAGCCCAAACUGUGUUCAGCUGCGAAUGCUUGAUCCGUACCCCCCAGUUAACAUCACUCCAACAAGAUCCAUACAGAAUUUGUUACCCAGUGGAAUCGGAGUUGGGAAUGCGAAUAGAAAUGGAACAGUCGCAAACAAUACCGCGCAACUGUUACCGCUUUGCGAUCUGGGUGAUCUUUCGGGUAUCCGUCCACUUGGCUCGGCAUCCACCAUAACUUCAGUUUCCUCGAAAACAAGCAUCAAACAGCCAAGAGCUAGCAGCUUGAAUGCCGCCGCAGGGGCAAGUCCAAGUGCAGGUCAUAGCAGAGUAGAUGGAUCGUCUGGAGAUUGUCAGGUUCUGGUGAGCCAUUCACCAGCCCCGUCCCAUUCCUCUCCUACCAUGCUGAAUCAGCAACCCUCCGCAAUUUCAUCCAGCAGCAGCAGCAGUGAGAGUGGUGAACUGAGCGAACAUGACAUUUACUUGGACGACUGUGAUCACAACGAUACUAAUUUGGGAAUAUUGGAUGACAAUUCUAACGACGAGAAUGAUGUUGACGAUGAAACUAUGUCAGGAGAGAAUGAUGUUGAGGCGGCAGAGUCGUUAGUUGCAUGGCGACCCAGAAAACCAAGAGGAAGUUCCCAAGAGACAUUGGAAAAUUCUGGCAAUGCUUCAAGAUUACGGAGAAGCGAUGGCCUGGAGGAUGAGAUAAUGCUCCUCCACUUGUUCGAAAUGCAAGAUAGGAAUUCUGCAUGGAGUGAUCCAUCAUUGUGGUCUCCGUCGUUGGUGCUGAAGCGCCAUCCGGAUGAAAAUUCUGAGCUGAUAAACUCUGUGUCACCAUUACGACAUUUUGGAUCAAGUCCGAUAAAUGGUGCAACGGGAAAUUCCUCUCAAUCAGCUACCAAUCAAAAACACAAGCGUUCCGAGUUAGAUGUCCUAGGCUCUAACCAAGACUAUCCUGAUAGGCAGCAUUCGUCACCUGUUUCUCAUCCAUGUCAUUCUCAACCAAUUUGCCAUCGUAGAAUGGAAGCAACUCAAGGUGACAGCACUUCGUAUCAAGAUAUUAAUAGGGCUGUAGCUUCUGGGAGUCAAACCAGAUCCGAGCCCACAACACGCUCCAAUUCUGUGGAUUGUGAAAAGGACGUGGCAGUCCCUUCCUUGGGAAACAGGGGAACAAAUAUCGAGGCUUUUAAACCCUCAGACUUGAUAGUUCCUCAUUUGGCUCUGGCUAGUAACAAAAUUUUAUCCAAACAUCUUUCAUCUCGACGGCAAUCCUCACCAUCACCAGCUGGUGCAAAUGCUAUUGACCAACAUAAAACUAAAGUAUCAGAAUUUGAAAAAUUAUUAGAAACAAUUCAGUUGUCUCCACUUUCGCAAAAAGAUACUGCCGUCUGUCUUGCUAAGCUAAGGAAGAAUUUAGCUGGCGAAUGCCGGAACAGUAAAUGUACCAACAAUACUGUACCACCGCCACCGUUGUCAGUUACUUAUGAAGGACCCUCCUCAUCGUCUACAGCUACCAAUAAUUUACUCUCCGACUCUAUUUCCAGCUGUAGUAAUUAUAGUUGGUCUCCAUCCCUCUAUCAGCAUCAACAUGGUCAAAAAAAAAACACAGAAGCUGGUUCAGAUCCGAAUCACAAUAUAUCAAACAAAACUCCCACGAGUAAUUGAAGAGCUGAACACCGGUUGUUGCAAAUAAAUGAAACUUCAUUAUAAAACUGAACGAUACUUUUGUAGCUUGGCGGAAAGAAGUUUUACGAUUUAUCCAAUUUUAUAAUGCAAGGUAUUAGUCAUUGCUAACGAGUGAGUCUUUGAUUCGAAUUCACGAGGAUAUAAGUAUACAUAUAAUUUAUAUAAUAGAUAUUCUAACGAAUGCUCUUGCCGGCACUAUUUCUGAAUUCUUCAUAAUGUCUGUGAAAAUAAGAAUAAUUUAUUUCAUAUAAUUGGUUGUGAAAUUAUUUAGUGACUUAGGUAAUUGACAUUGUAACACACGAAUCUUCAUAGUCAAUUUUACGAUGCAUCCGAACACUUGUGAUAAUUAUUGUAUUUUUAAUAAUAUAUUUGGAGCUAAUCGUAAUUUGUAUCAUUAUAAUUUCAUAAGUUUAGUUGGUUGUAUGAAUAUUCAUGAAGAAAGUUGGGAAGUCGCAAUUGCGAAUGGUAUUAUUUAAUAGAAACCAAUAAAUAAUUCGGAGUACUA